AUGACGGAAGACGGGGGGGAGUCAGAAGCGCAACCGGGCGCCGGGAGCCAGAGGAGGAGUGGGCUCUAUUCCGAUGCCACAUCACGACCGGGAACUGCAAGGACAGGCAUGUCCCAAAGGGCCCCUUGGGGCCAGGGUUCGUCUCUGCGCCAUGGGUUGGCGGGCAAGCGGGGUAGUAUCGCCGGCAGCGUUGGCAGUGCGUCGCAAGGGACUCGGCCAACAAGCGCGAUGAGCAGAAGCCAUGUUCCGACUCUCACGUCGCACGCCUUCUUCCGGCCCAUGAGUUCGCAGAGGCUACAAGCUCAACGAGGAAUCACGAGGCCGACGACAAUGAAUCGCCAGAUCGGGACGCGGGACGAGGCCGGCGACACCAACCGGGAUAGUAUUGUCUCAAACCCAGUAGGCCCAAUAGGCGCGCCGUCCGGUGAUGAAGGAGAAACUCGGCUGCCACCGUCUAGAGGCACAGAAUUCACGGAGCAAGAAGCUUUCGAUCGCGGAACGGCUACAACAAGUCCGACCCAUGGGCACAAUCCCACCUCGAGCGUUGCGGAUAGCGUCCACCCGCUGCAGAGAAAGCCGGAAGCUGCGAGGAACCUCACGUUAGAUAUGAACAAGGCGCACAAGGCGGGAUCGAAUGGUCCAACCCCUGUCCGCACACCUCUUUCCUUGCGUUCUAGCUUUCUCAUGCCGAGACUGGAGUCCGGCAGUGGCAACCGAGAAAUCCAGGGAGGCGAGAAGCUUGAAUCCGUCGCCUCGUCGCCCCAGCUUCCGCCCAGCGCCGGGGAUAGGAAUCGGGUACCUGGAGACAACAACAAGCCGGCAACGGGUCGCAACUACCAGUACUUCGAGGGUAGCACAGUCUUCUGCCUCGGCGGAAGGCUGCAAAACACCAAGUACCGACCGGUGAACAUAGCGACCGGAGGUCUUGUCGUCAUCCCGGCCGUUCUCUUUUUCAUCUUCUCAGCCCCCUGGUUAUGGCACAACAUAUCGCCGGCAAUACCGAUCACCUUCGCUUAUGUCUUCUUCAUCUGCAUGUCGUCAUUCUUCCAUGCAUCAGCCUCUGAUCCAGGGAUUCUACCUCGGAACCUCCACCGUUUUCCUCCCCCAGAUGAGAACGAGGACCCGCUAAGGGUGGGGCCCCCAACCACGGAAUGGGCGCUUGUCAAGUCCACUGAUCCGAAAACUGCGGCGAUGGAGGUCCCUACCAAGUACUGCAAAACCUGCAGCAUCUGGCGGCCACCCCGCGCUCACCACUGCCGUCUUUGCGACAACUGCGUGGAGACGCAAGACCACCACUGUGUCUGGCUCAACAACUGCGUUGGGCGCCGCAAUUACCGCUAUUUCUUCACCUUCAUCAGCGCUGCGACGCUGCUUGCACUCUACCUCUCUGGAGCUUCGCUAGCACAGAUUCUGGUCUAUGCGAAACGGCAGGGCAUUUCUGCUAGUCAUGCGAUCAGCCAUUUCCGCGUCCCCUUCGCCAUGGUGAUCUACGGCUUCCUCGCGUUCCUUUAUCCUGCUGCAUUGAUGGGGUACCAUGUGUUCCUGAUGGCGAGGGGCGAGACGACGCGCGAAUACCUCAACUCGCACAAGUUCCUGAAGAAGGAUCGAUACCGCGCCUUCACACAAAGCAGUUGGUUAAAAAACUGGUUCGUCGUGCUGUGCCGGCCCCGGCCGCCGACGUAUUAUCAAUUCAAGAAGCCGUACACCGAGGGUGACCAGCGGCUAGGAGCGCAUCGAAGGGCUCACCAUGCUGCAAGACAAGGCAUGGUGGACCCGAAGGGGGACGUCGAGAUGCAGGACGUCAGCCCACAGCCACGGCAGGGGCAGGGCCAGCGCCGGUUCAUGGGCCCGGUAUCAUUGCGGAAUUCUAUACAUUCCCUGACAGGGGCCGGACCCGGCGUGUGA